AUGGACCCAGUGUCGAUGGCUUCUCCUUCUUCCUCUUCUUCUUCUUCCGCUGCCGCCAAUGCACGUCCUCCGUCCGCUCACACUCGACGUUCUUCGCGAUCCGGGUCGCAGGCCUCGUCGUCUGGCACCACCGUCAAGCGCGCCGCAUCGCUCAGCUCUUCCAAUGCACCCUACUCGAGGUUUUCCUCCGCGCCUUUUCCCUCCUUCGAUUCGGCUGAGGCGUUCGGUGACGCAGCCACCUUACCUGCCAGAAACACCACGCCAACCCACAGACGCCGAUCGAGCGUAGCGGAGGGGUUUAGCGGUAUCAAGGAAGGCAUUGGUAAUCUCAAUCGCUGGUCCCACUCUACAACCUCGAGCAGGUCGUCGACGAAGGACACGACAGCUGGGAGCAGCUUCUCGCGCAGGAUGAGCAUUAGCGGCAGCACAACCCUCUCUUCAGUUCAUGGCUCCUCGGCCGCCCAUUCCUCGCCAUCGCGCAAAAGCAGUACGGAGCCGCGAUAUUCGCCUACACGCAGCCCUCAUCGGCGAGCACGACCUCCGUCUCCGUUGCCUUCAGCACCGCCAAUAACACUGCCACCUUUAUCAACGCCCCCCACCCACUUCCCUCAAACCAGCUACGAGUCUGGAUCCACAUCCACGCCCGCGACGGCUGGGACGUCCUCGGCAUCUGAGUUCCAUACGCCGCUGUCCCAUUCGAACUCGACGCCUGAUUAUUUUGGUUCACGAAUACCCAAGCCAGGAUCGCCAAAGCGAUCGAUGAUUUACCGAAGCACGCAGUUGCGAUCGCCUCACACCACGCCUCCCAUACUACUAUCGGAUAGUUCAUCUCGACCUUCUGGUUUGUUACGUGCCGGGAUCGGCUCAGCAUUGGUGGGGCAGGAGCCUGGAUUAAGGCAGAGGCUGGCAAGCAACAGCAUUCAAGAAAGAAGGGACGAAGGUGGCGGCUCGGGGAACCCAUCUGCCCGUCUCAGGGAGCGGAGUACAAGCGACAGCGACAGGAACCGCGAAAGCCAGUCUACUGCCAGUCCUCCAAGGACAAGAGAGCGUCGUGAAAAAGACAAGAAAUCGAUGCUGUCUAGAGCUUUACAGAAAGCCAAUACGGCUGUGCUGCUUGACAAUGCACUGAAUUUUGAGGGUGCAGUUGAGGCCUAUGAGGAUGCUUGUAGGCUGCUACAACAGGUUAUGCUGAGGAGUUCUGGGGAGGAUGAUCGAAGAAAGUUGGAUUCCAUUCGAAUCACUUAUACGAAUCGAAUCCAAGAACUUCAGAUACUGAACCCCUCCCACCAGCCCGCUUCAGGCAAAUCCCUACCAGCCAGACCGAUGAGCGACGAGUCCUUAGGCUCAGGCGCUCUGUCGCUACCGCUUGGGUCAGACGAUGAUGAUGAGCCUGUGGUGAUUGGAACUGCGAGCACAAUGCCAAUCACAUCGCAGUCCAACGGUCUAUUAAAGGUUACGGCGUCCAACUCCCGGCUUAGUCAGCGAGUACCUGCGAUGCGGCUGUCCGCUUUUGAUUCGCCUAUGGACAAGAGUUAUAUGCCACCACCGCUAUCACCACGACCCCCACCAUCGCCAAGUCUUGAAUCAGGAGAUGAGCCGGCUGAAGGACCAAUCGCCAGACAGAACAGCCAGGUCUCUCAGCAAGGCCCUAGCGACCCCGAACCCAUAAAAAAUGACGAGCCCGUAUCCUGGUUAGACACUAUAGAUGAGUCUGACGGUUCUUCUUGCGCAUCAUCUGUGCAUUCAGUAUCGUCACUCGAUGGUGCUAUUCAUCGGAAGCAUCUGCGCAACAAUAGUGGAUCAACGCAGGCAGAGUUCGAUGCUGCGCUUGACGCUGCUGUCGAAGCCGCUUACGAUGAUGGAUUCGAGCCAUACGAGGAGGAUCGGCCGCUGGAGAUGCACCAAUCUGUCCUGAGCAAGGCGCCCUCUGCGAUGGACAGGUUAGCCAAUGAGCGAGACGCAGAACUUGCAAGAGAGGAUUUAAUAAAGGCAGCGAAGCUCCAUCCCGAAGCGGACGAGGAAGAGCGGAUGCUCGACGAAAUGACCAAGGAGUAUAUGCUGGAAGGGUUCGACUUCGACCUUCAGUCAAAGUCAGCACUGCCCAGGCAAUCAGACUCCAGCGGCUUUUCCUCCGGCAGUGCCUGGAACAGCUCCAUGUCCUCGAACCGGACGACUGCCGGGACCUCACUUUCUACAGUUGCAGAGCUGCCUGCCGCUCAUCUCUCAACGAUAGCACAACUGGACCUACCCUUACCCGCACCGCCACCCACAAUAUCCUUGCCUGCCGUGUCUGCAAGCCACCCAGAGGAAAUUCCUCAUCAACCUCCGAUAAGUACAAUGCCGAGCGUGCCAAGUGUCGUAGCUCCUCAUGGCAUUGGCGUUCGAAGUCGAAGGCUGUCGGGCAAAGACCCGAAGCACCUGAAGAUUGAGACAUCAAUUCUUGUUCCUCACGUCGUCCAGCCGCCGCUCUCCCAGGACCGCUUAUCAACCACGGCCGCUCAGGGUAAAGAGCGCAAGGUGCCGCCCGCUCUUGAGUCACUGCCCAAGAUGCCCGCUUCGGCAGCGAGCCUUGACAUUACGCCACCAACACCUUUACCGGGAUCCAGUCCUGCCGAUUCCAUCCCAAUAAUCUUAUCCGAUAACCCCGAUACAGCGCUAACUCGCGUAACCUCCGAAGACAGCACCCUCGCGCCCAAGUCACCCAGACACUUCAAACCUUCAACUACCAAAAGUUCACAUCCCCCCACUUCCCUCAGGAAGAACGGAUCCUCACUCAGCCUCAAAAGCCGCGCACUCUCACUCUCGAGCCCCGAUGGUUCUGAAAACAGCAUCCACACUCCCCUAAGUACUACAUUCGCUGCCUUCUCGACGCGCAAGCUCAGCAACCCAGCCAUUGCACCCACGCCCACCAUCCCAACAUUCGCGACCGACAGCCUGGCUAUCGGCGGCCUGCACCUCUUCAACAGCGACAUACAGAGCCCGAGUAGCACCGACAGCGCCACGCAGCUAGACUCCGACACCGACGGCCCCAUCCCACUCGAGCCCUGUCCCGACGCCCACCUCCUCCGCCCCUUCUGGCUACUCCGCGCAGUCUACCAGACCCUCGCACACCCGCGCGGCGGCUAUCUCUCCAACAAACUCUUCGUCCCCCGCAACAUCUGGACCGUCAACGGCGUUAAGCUCAAGCACGUCGACGAGAAAAUCGCGAACAUGGACCUCCUGACCGCAGCAUUGUUGCGGCUUGCCCGCGUAGAUGAAGAUGAUGCUGAGGCUGUGCUCGAGGAGAUGCAGGCGCUGGAGAAAGUGCUGGAUCAGGCGCAGGCGGCGCUGGCCAGGAAGCUGGGGUCAGAGGUCGGCGUGAAUGGCAUCGGCAGCUUCUUCAAGGACGCCACGGGUGUUGUCAGACCGGCGACCGGCGGUUCCGAGGCAGGGUUGCUCGGCGAACAGAAAGUCGGGGCGCAGGCCAAAUCGUACCUUACCUCGUGGCGGAAACUGAGGAGUAAAGGCUCAGCGAUGGGGCUUAAUGCGCAUGGUGCUGGCACAGGGGCAGUCAAGGAUCUUCCCAAGGAUGCCUUCACGAUGCCGAGUCUGCCGAUGACGGGGCUGCCGGCUAUCCGGUUCGCGAAGAGGGAUGUGAAGGCCGUGACCUGCGAAGGGCCGAAUGCGAAUUAUAUGGGGAGUCUGGUGCGAUUGUGUGAUGCGGUGCAGAUACUUGACCAGAUAGCCCGACAGGCCGAGGAUCCAGGUCUUAGACACUCUUCGCAAACGCACGUCGGUUUGGAGCUUAGCACCAGGCACGCGGCGGAGUUCUUCGGAUUCUAUGUCUGCAGGUUCGUGCUGCAGGAUGUUGGGAUUUUGCUUGACAAGUUCGUCAAGAGGGGGUGUGAGUGGGUGCUUGUUUGA